GAGAAAGACAGAGAAAUAGAGGCUAUAGGAACGACAUAGCUCCUGUGGUCACAGCAGGAGAAAAAGAAGAAAAAGAGAAAGGAAGGCACGGAACCCAUGGCAGAAAUGGAGGGAUUAGCCCGUGGGAUUUAGCGGCCGGAGUACAGGCUCAUGUGGAGGAGGCUUUCGGGGGAACAUCGGGAUUGAAAGGGCCUUUGGUCUGAAAUUGUGCGGUCAUGCCCCCCAGUAAGAAAUCUGAAGUGUCCCGGGUCAGCGUGGUCAACGGUCAGAGCCUGUUUGCCCAGGUGGGGCUCUCGCAGGAUACCGCGGUCAAGGCAGACCCCGCAGCACCCAACCCCCGGCCUGAGGACGAGGAGCUGACCAACCUCAACUGGCUCCACGAGAGCAGCAACCUGCUCCACAGCUUUGGCGAGCAGGUCCUGCGUAGCGUCAGCCCGGUCAUGGAGACCGACCGCAGUGACGGUGCGCCACCCUCACCUUCCCCGCCACCGGCGCCCUCCGACUCCAACUAUGACCUCAAGCAGAACCCCAACUGCAAGCCACCCUACUCUUUCAGCUGCCUCAUUUUCAUGGCAAUUGAGGACUCUCCCUCCAAGAGGCUGCCCGUCAAAGACAUUUAUAACUGGAUCCUGCACCACUUCCCCUACUUUGCCAAUGCCCCUACUGGGUGGAAGAACUCUGUGAGACACAAUCUGUCCCUGAAUAAGUGUUUUAAGAAAGUGGAUAAGGACCGAAGCCAGAGCAUGGGGAAAGGCUCACUGUGGUGCAUAGAAGCAGAAUAUAGACAGAAUCUCAUCCAGGCGCUGAAGAAGACGCCCUUUCAUCCCCAUGCCCAGGUGCUGACCACUCCCUCUGCUUCUCUGCAGGCCUAUCAAAGCAUAUCCAAUCCUCCACUAUGGCCCGUCAGUCCCUUCUUCAGGAGAAAUGGUGGAGUCCUCCUGCAAGUCCCUCAGGGAGUGAUCCAGAAUGGCGCUCGGAUGAUGAGUCAGGAUGUUUUCCCAGGAAUCAGACCCCUUCCCGCCAUGCCCAUUGGGAGCAGAUCGGCAGCUGUGAGCAGGUCGGUCCUGGGCGUGUGCCGAAAGCGGAGCGAGAGUGAUCUGUCCUGCGAUUCCCCAUUGGUCAGCAGCGACCCCAAGGAGGACCACACGUACAGCAGCGCUAAAACCAGCCUGGCGGGUGGAGACGCCCCCAGCGAUGCUGAGGAUGACGACAGGGUCCGGGCGAAGAGGGAGCUCAAGGACCCGCCCCCGGACUCUGCCCACCCGGCCCAGCAGUGCAAGAGGCGGCAGCAGUGGACAAAGGUCAAAGUGCGCGUGUCCAGCGACUCGCUCCCGCUGAAAAAGAGGCGCACACAAAAGCCCCCUGAGAGCGAUGACGAGGAGAUGAAGGAGGCGGCGGGCUCACUCCUACACCUGGCUGGAGUGAGGGCCUGCCUGAACAACAUCACCAACCGGACGGCCAAAGGGCAGAAAGACGCUCUGAAAAAUUAAAUGAAAGGAAGGCGAAACGAGAGCAAAACAAAACGAGCAUCGCUUUUAAAUGAAUUUCUAUAUUUUUUUCUAGGACAUCAGGUGAAUUCUAAUGAUUUGUGGCAAUAUCGCUUUGUUUUCAUAUCCGUUACACUGUCUUUUUUGGGAGGAUGAGGGGGGGUCUUUGAAGAUUUUAUUUAAAGGAGAUUAAAGCCAUAUUUUGUUUUCCUGACGCUUGACUAAUUUGGGGAUUUUUUUUUAUUUCAAUUUUUUUUGUCUGCUGGAUUUGAGCACAGACACGGGCCCUGUCUGAAACAGCCUCCUAACUACUGUGUCCUCAGAAUACGUACUGUCUACUAAACAUACUGCUUAAUGUUUAGUGCUUAUUUUUAGUACGUUAUGAGCAGUAUGGGAAAAACGUCCUCCAUACUAUUUUCCAACAGUACUGUUAAAGUGCUGUAAGACUCACCAACAGAUGGCUCUGCCUCUACCUCCUAAAAUAUAUGGUUUCACUGAAUAAUUAAUUACAGUAGAUUUUGAGAAGAAUUUGCCCAACUACUUUUUCAUCCAGUGUACUCAACUUGACUUGACUUGAUAGUAGGCAAGUAAUAAUUUCAGACAGGGCCCUCAACAUGUGGGUAGAGGUGGGACAGGAAAUGAUGUCAUCAAUAAUUAUCAAAGCAAAAUAAACAGGAAAAUUGUAGCAAUCACCAUUCACCUAAUAUAGGUGGACAUGGAGAAGGGAAAAUUUUGCAGGCCUCUUAAACUGUGGUGAGCAUUCUAUAGGAAAGAACCAUGCAAACCCUUUGUUUGAGGCUGGAAGCUUCACUAGAGGAGUAGGGAUGACUUCUUACUCUUGCAUCACUGCAGCCAGCCCUUAUUUCUGUCUGACUGUGGAACAAUAAUGACGUAUUACACUGCAAAGUUGCAUGUUAGCAAAUAGCUACAGCUACUCAUUUCAACCCAGAAACCAUAAGCUGAUACUUCAGACAUUGGAAGUAUGAAAUCUCUUUUUGAGAAGAAUUCCUGCUUGGUGGAAGAUAUCUAAAGUGAUUUGUUAGAAAUGCUGUCAACAUGGCUUGUUGUAGACUUGUUAUUAAUGGGGUUGUUUUUAGCAUUUUCUUUUCCCAUACCCAUCUGAAGAAAGCAAUUUCAUCCAGCCAGCAUACCACUGUAUAAAGUUCACUAAAUGCUUCUCAUUUCUUAUAUGAAGCAAUGUCACCAGCAGGAUUCAUCCCACCAUGUUGCAUGGGUUCCGUAAAGUAAAAUAAAAAAUGUGUUUUUUAUUCCAAGUUCAUGUAAAGCAAAUAAUGUAUUUAGCAUGGAGCAUGAAUUAUUUUCAUAUAAAUGUAGCUCUUAGAGAAAAUGGCUUAGCCUCUACUUUUUGAUGCCUGUUGGCAUAGAUUUUUUUAUUAUAACUAUUGUCAUUGGUUUGUGUUUAUUUACUUGAAAACUGAUUUUAUUUAUCUCUCUUUAUUUUCCUACUUGUUUUGAAGCAAGGCUUUAGAAAGAUAAACCUUGUUCAGGGACAAACGCUGACUGCUGGGAAACUCUUGCAAUAUUGAAGAAUCACAUUUCGGGUUGGACCUUUGAUGGUCCCUCAGCCUGCCUCGUGACCGGCUUUCAGGUCACUUCCUUUUUUUCAGUAAUGUCCUCGUGUCUGGGCUGUCUAUCAGUGCUGGGGGGUUAGCGGGUGUCCACUGUGCUCCACAAACACUAUUUUACCUGCCUGACACACUUGCCUGUUUGUUUACACUUUCCGGUUUGUUCCUACCCAGUCAUGUUAUUGACACCAUCCAGGUUAAUCUGUCAGUGUUGAAAUUAUGGUUUAGGGUUUACAAAAGGCAUGGUCGAGAUAUGGUUUGUGUAGCAGUACACAGUGGCUUGCAAAACUAAAUUUUUAUGGCUAUUAAAUCCCAUAUACAGUAUAUAUUUAAAGUGCAAUCUCAUAAGUCCUCUAAAAAUCACAUAUAACACCUUAAUGAACAUGCUAUUACCACUCUACAAGGCAGUUAUACCUAUGUUGUACUUUAUAAAAAAGCUCAAAUGGAGCAAACAUACAUUUUCCUCUGCAUGGUUUACAUUUUAACACUACAUGCAAUAUAUUGUAACUUUGCAGUUAUCGUGAAGCUCUUCUGGUGGUUAUGAAGCCUUUACAGAGUAGUGAUGCAGUGUUAACCCCUUCAGUCUCACCAGGUUACUUUUCAUUCAUUCCUUUUUUCAUGGUGCAAUUUUAAAUCACUAUGGUAACACGAUAUAAGUGUUAAAACUUCUAUCUCUAUAACCUAUUUUAAGAUGCCAUUGCUUUAGUGACAACAGUUCCUUAUUUUGUAAUGUGUGUGGCAAGACAAGCAGAGAAGGACUUCACCUUCUCUGCAUUUUGGAAAUCCGCAGACUACACUAAUCAAGGUAAUGUCAGUGUCCUUUUCACAGCAAGGGUCCAGUGAACCAAAUGCAUUAUCAUUUCUAAUCCUAAAAAGCCACAAUAAUCUGUAUCCACUCAAAAACAGAAAAUAUUUUCAGUGAGAAAAAGAUCUACCACUUCCACUGUGUUUGAGCUUCUGUAACUUUGUUUUAGUUAUAUUUAAUGUAACUCUCCUAAAACAAACCCCAAAGGUUUACCCUUCAGAAGAGACUAGGAUUAUACCUGGAGGCAAACGGGUUCAAGAAGGGGUUAACGAAUGAGCGAUGUACACAGCUUUCUCGUGAAGUUUCCCUUAACCUGUAUGACCCAUUACAUUUGUGUGCCAAAGCCUGUAAUCAGGUUAGUUACAUUUAAAAUGAUUGCUUGCCAAGACACUGACCUGGUUAUUGACUAUACAAACUUUUCCUCUCGUGAUUGAAGUUCAUUGUCUGUGUUAAACUACACAAAUACCGCACUGCUUGUCAAUGUUGCCGAAGAUGAGGGAGAACUGGAGGCUUACAUCAAGCCAAAUGUAUGGGGCCACACUCUAUUUCUUCAAGUGAUCUUUUUCCAUAAGGAUCUCAUUCUUUGCCUGGAAAAGUUUCACUGUGUGUGUGGGUGUAUGUGUGUGUGCAUGUGUGUGUGGCUGCGUGUGCAUGCAUGGAUUCAAUCCUGUAUUAAGGACAAUGUUGUAAAUGCUCAAAACAUGCAACUGCCCAACUGCAUCUUUGGGUGUUGCAAUUUCUGGAUCCAGUGGAACCAGCGAGGGGGACUGAGAGGAAAUAUGAUUACUGUACAUCCCUAAAAAAACCUGCCAUUUGUUUUGUUUUAAAAUGUAUUUAGCUUCCAUUUUUGUUUGCUUUCAAGGAGGAAAGAAAGGAUAAGGAUGAGAAUUCAGUUAUUUUUUUGUUUGUAUUCAAAUCUGUGGUUUGAUGGCAUGUGACCCCAGCUGAUCUGAGGCAUUUCUGUAUUCUGUAUUUUCUUGGUGUGUAAUCAUAUUGCCAAAGACAAACUAAUUUGUUCAUGUAAAUAUCACUUUGUCUGCUACAAUUUUGUUUUAUGUUUGUUUUAUAUUUUUCUGAAAUCUACCAUAAAGUUUAUGUGAUGUCUCGUCUUCCACUUGCAAUAAAAAUUUCAAAUGUUGAAAACUUGA